UAUAUAAUAACAGCCGUGAUAUAUAGCUCGCGUCUCUCUCAACCUGCAAGGACUUUAGAAGCCGCAACAGGGGAGGAGACUCAAGAGAGGAGCAGCUCCGCAGAGUUACUUAGGAACCUUUACGUUUCCAAAAUGGCUAGAGGGUUGAAGAAGCAUUUGAAGAGGCUUAAUGCCCCUAAACAUUGGAUGCUUGACAAACUUGGUGGUGCAUUUGCACCCAAGCCAUCAUCGGGACCCCACAAGUCUAGGGAAUGCUUGCCUCUGAUUCUUAUUCUGCGUAACAGGCUGAAGUAUGCUCUCACAGGCCGUGAAGUGCUUGCUAUUUUGAUGCAGAGACAUGUCCUUGUUGAUGGCAAGGUCAGGACAGAUAAAACUUACCCAUCUGGUUUCAUGGAUGUUGUGUCAAUCCCAAAGACAAAUGAGAGCUUUCGUCUCCUGUAUGACACCAAAGGCCGCUUCAGGCUCCACUCCCUCAGAGAUGAUGAGGCCAAGUUUAAGCUUUGCAAAGUUCGGUCUGUUCAGUUUGGACAGAAAGGAAUCCCAUACCUGAACACUUAUGAUGGGCGCACCAUCCGCUACCCAGAUCCCCUCAUUAAGGCCAAUGACACCAUCAAGCUGGACCUAGAGAACAACAAAAUAGUUGAUUUCAUCAAGUUUGAUGUUGGAAAUGUUGUCAUGGUCACUGGGGGAAGGAACAGAGGCCGAGUUGGAGUCAUCAAGAACCGGGAGAAGCACAAGGGAACUUUUGAGACAAUCCAUGUUCAAGAUGCCACUGGCCAUGAGUUUGCCACUCGCUUGGGCAAUGUAUUCACCAUUGGAAAGGGCACCAAGCCAUGGAUUUCUCUUCCCAAGGGCAAGGGUAUUAAGUUGUCUAUCAUCGAGGAGGCUAAAAAAAGGCUUGCAGCAUCCCAAGCUGCUGCCUGAAGUCAAUGAUUUUUCCAAUAAUCCUAGCCUGAGUUAUGUUUUGUUAACGCUAUAAUUACUGUUUUUGUUUAGGAGUGCACGAUUUUGAACGAUGUUUUUACAUUUCAAUGAUAACUUUUGCAAAAUGCAUCGAGUAUUGACGAAGCGGGUAUGAGAUUUUCUGUAGCCUUUCAGAUCACUCAUUCUAUGGACUAUUUAUUUGCCA